GGAAGCAUGAGGUUUUUAGUCACCAACUCUUCUCUCCCUUUUCUCUGCUUUUUCAGGGAAGCUGCUGAAGAAACACUGAAGUGACAAUGACCUCCACAGACAAAGACUCAAAUGGAGUAGACAAUCCCAUUUUUAUAACCGAUAAUGGAGGGCAUUACUGUAACUUCACAGAAGUUGGUGCCCCAGUUCCAGACUGUGAAGAAAGGCCAAAAGACCGCCGCAAAGACCGGAGCAAACUUGCUUACAUGGUCACAGAUAUCCCCCCAUGGUACCUCUGCAUUUUCUUGGGAAUUCAGCACUACCUGACUGCACUUGGAGGUCUCGUUGCCAUACCGCUCAUCCUCUCCAAAUCGCUUUGCCUGACACAUGACACCUUGACCCAGAGUCACCUAAUCAGCACCAUCUUUUUUGUCUCAGGGAUCUGCACCCUCCUUCAGGUCCUCUUUGGAGUCAGGCUACCUAUCCUGCAAGGAGGGACAUUUGCCUUCUUAACUCCUUCACUGGCCAUGCUCAGUCUCCCAGACUGGAAGUGCCCUGCAUGGACCCAGAAUGCCAGCUUGGUGGAUGCAGCUUCUUCAAAUUUCACUGAGGUCUGGCAAACACGAAUGCGAGAGUUGCAAGGAGCAAUCAUGGUAGCUUCUUGCUUCCAAAUUUUUGUUGGCUUUUCUGGUCUUAUUGGAUUUCUGAUGCGAUUCAUUGGCCCUUUGACAAUCGCCCCAACGAUAUCCUUGGUGGCAUUGCCUCUCUUUGAGUCAGCAGGGGAAGAAGCAGGACAGCACUGGGGCAUAUCAGCCAUAACCAUUUUCUUUAUAGUCCUGUUCUCUCAAUACCUGAAAAAUGUGCCUGUACCGCUGCCAUCUUACAAUAAAAGUAAGAAAUGCCAUUUCUCCAAGAUCUACCUCUUCCAGAUCUUCCCAGUGCUAUUUGGCCUUACACUUACCUGGCUGUUAUGCUUUGUGCUCACCAUCACCAAUGUCUUUCCUUUGGAUUCUAACGACUAUGGCUAUUUAGCUCGGACUGACAGCAAAGGCGAUGUUCUGUCCAAGGCACCCUGGUUUCGCUUUCCUUACCCAGGUCAGUGGGGCGUUCCUACCAUCAGCUUGGCUGGGGUGUUUGGCAUCAUAGCUGGAGUGAUCUCCUCCAUGGUGGAGUCAGUGGGAGACUACUAUGCCUGUGCUCGUUUAUCUGGUGCUCCACCCCCUCCCAAACAUGCAAUCAAUCGUGGGAUUGGAGUGGAAGGGAUUGGCUGUCUUCUGGCCGGGGCCUGGGGAACGGGAAAUGGCACUACUUCUUACAGUGAAAAUGUUGGUGCUCUGGGGAUCACCCGGGUAGGGAGCAGAAUGGUCAUUGUGGCUGGUGGCUGUGUUAUGCUUUUGACAGGCAUGUUUGGCAAAGUUGGAGCGAUCUUUGCUAGCAUUCCAACUCCCAUAAUUGGCGGAAUGUUCUUUGUGAUGUUUGGCAUCAUCACUGCUGUGGGGGUUUCCAACUUACAGUAUGCAGACAUGAACUCUUCAAGAAACUUGUUCAUUUUUGGAUUUUCUGUCUUUGCGGGUCUGACAGUUCCCCAGUGGGUGCAGAAGCAUACAGAACUCCUGGAAACAGGCAUUGCACAGUUGGACCAAGUGAUCCAAGUUCUGCUAACCACAGGCAUGUUUGUUGGGGGAUUCCUAGGCUUUCUUUUUGAUAACACUAUUCCAGGGAGCAAAGAAGAACGGGGACUCUUGGCAUGGAAAGAGGGUCAUAUGGAUGGUUCUGAUGAUACUGUGAAUACCAUGGACAUCUAUGAUCUACCCUUUGGAAUAGGUUCCAAGAUCUGUGCUGCUAACUGGUUUCAGUACCUCCCAAUGUGCCCCAAACGACCAGCCAACAACAAAGCAAAGGAGCAUAACAGUCGUGCACAGGAGAGUAGGAGCAAAAUUAAUUCAGCAACAGAUGGAGAAAUUAAACAUGACACAAAAAUCUAAGACCACACCAGCAGACAAACUUGAUUUGCCGAGCCACUGGAGAAGCAUCUUCUUUUUGCUGGUUUCAUGGCACUGGUACAGCAGCUGAAGUGAGAUACUCUGUUCUGGAAGACUGCUCCAUGAUUUGCCACUAGCUUACUGUUACUCUGAAAGUCCCUUUCCAACAAGAAUACAGUACCAGGUUGAGAAAUAGCCUGGUGAGGGAGUGGGGAGCUCAGCAGUGUUCAUGGAAGAGAAUCUGUUUUCCUUUCUACCCAUCUGAAUGUAGUUCGUGAAUACACUGACAAGCCAGCCCCAAGCAAUAAGCUACCGGCUUAGACCUCAUUAAACCAACUGCAGCCAGACUGAUCCUAUGCAGUUGUCUCAAUACUUGGUUGCUCACCUGCCUUUUGGUCUUCAGAUCCAUUGAGUUUGUAUAGUAUCUGGAAGAUGGUCUCUUAGCAUGUGUUAUUUAUCUACUGCAAAUAGCUGCUGAUAUAAUCUGGGCUUCCAAGCGUUUACUUAAUAUAAAGUUGUUGGGUUUCAGCUUCUUUCAGACCUUCAUGAAAGUCAGUAUGAGUAGCCCACACAGAAUACAUGCUUCCUACACACAUGUGCGCACCCCCUUUAGAUAAUUGGACAAUCCCCUGCUUUUGGCACCCUCUAGAAAUUUUGGCCAGAAAGAGUAAAGAUUUUACUGGAGGGCACCAUGCUGGAGAACAUUAACCUAGAUGGGUACAUUUAUAUUCCAUUGUGCCUUAUAUUGUAAAUCUAUCCAAACUGAAGGAAUCGGUGUGAUCACUGUGGAUAAUCUUUCUGUGUGUAGAAGUAAUGAGACCUUUGGGGUUUAGUACUGCACCCAAGCAUAAUUUGGAAGUGCUUCUUUUUAAAAAAGAUAC